AUGGCCGUGCUGGUCGCGAGGCUGGAGCGCGAGCUGCAGUGGGUACAGCCAGACUGCCAGAGCACCUGUGGGCACAUCAUGGUGUGCUUUCGGCUUCGUCGAGCGCUCUCCUAUGGCCACGUCAUGGAAGACGUCUACGAGCCGGUCCUUGGCCACCGCCGGAGGGAGCCGGAACGAGUGGAGCAAGGAGUCGUACUGCGUGUUUGGGCUGGGCUCAGGUGCCGACGCAGCCACGGUGGUCAGCUCGUACAAAAUGGAAGAGGGAGGAAGGAGGAAGACCGAGGGCAGUUUGGUCCAAAAAUUCAGAUAAAUGAAUCGAAAGGACGGGCCUUUGCGAAGGGAGGACCCUGCAGCGCCGCAGCACUCCGUGUCGGCCGCGUUGCGAAGGGCAACGACCUCUCCGUGCGCGACGCGGGCGCGUCGCAGAGGCAUCUCUCCGUCGAGUUCCUCCCGCCGCCUGCGGCCCGGUGGGCCGUCACCGACCUAGGCUCCUCCAAUGGCACCCUUUUCAAUGGUACGCCUCUCGUGCCCACCGUCCCCGCGCCGCUCUCCGAUGGGGACCUCAUCAAGAUCGGGGAGAGCACCGUGAUCGCUGUCUCCAUAUCGAUCGAUGCGGGCCCAGGACCGGGCCCCGCCGCGACUAGGCGUUUCGCGCGCAACGCAACGGCCGUGGCAGCGGCGGCGGAGGAGGAGGAACAGGGCCCUGCGGUUUCGCGCAGGGCCAGACGGAGGAAGGCCGGUGCGGCGGAAGCCCCCGAAGCUGGGAAUGAAGUGGAGGAGGAAGCUGCACUGCCGACUCGCCGAGGCGGGCGGAAGAAGGCCGUUGAGCCCGCUGGGGUGGAGAUGGAAGAGCAAAAGGAAGAGGAAGAGGAGGCGGCAAUACCGCGCCGUGGCAGGUCAAGGAAGGCUGCAGCGGCGGUCGUCCUUCCGCCACACCCGCAAAAUACGAGGUCAGCGAGAGCUAUUGCAAGGAGAGGUGAGGCGGUGCGGUGCCAAAUCGAUGAGGAGAAAGUGGUGAGGACUGGAAGGGGGCAAGGACGGGCUACACGGGCAAGUGCAAGGAAUGGCACGAGUCUUACUCCCGAGGAGGAGGAAGAGGAGGGUGAGGUUGCUGUGGCCAGAGAUCGGGAAGGGACAGCUGCCGAGGGCAGAGGUGAUGAAGAGGAGAAUAUGGAAAGGGAUAUGGCUGAUGGCAGAGAGCGAGGGGGGAGCCCAUUGAGGGUGUUAGCCAUGAAUGAUGGUUCUGAAGAGGACAAGGUGGCAACUGAGGACGACAAGUUGGAUGGAACCUCAAAGGCAUCCAUGGAGGAUGAGAAGAUGGUUGAUGUGGAGGAGGAUGCGACAUUUACAGAGAGGGCAAUAGAGGGGAGGGUCGAUGCUCAGCAUGCUCCUGCUGACAAUGGUGGUGUGGAAGAAGAGGAGGUGAAGAAUUUGAGCAAGGGAGGGGAAACUGAAGUUGAUCAGGAAUUGAGGGAAAAAGUGUCACCAGAGUCAAAGCUGGAUGGUGUUGGAGAAGUUGAAGAGAAUGACAAGAGGGAAGCUAUUGGUGCCAGUGGAGAGAAGGGCCAUGUGGGGGAGCGCACAGGAAGACGCAGCUUGGAGAAUAUGACAUUGGGGGAGUGGUUUGUUCAGAUCGAGAAAUACCUUCUAGCAAAGAACAAAGAGGCUGCUGAAAAGGCGAUAGCUGAAGUGCAAGAGAAACAUCAGCGGUUUUGUGAGCAUGUUAAAACACUCAAAAAGAGUCCUGCUCCUUGA